AGAGAGAGAGAGAGGAGUUGUUUUAGGGUUUAAGAGAUCCACAACACCAGCGAUCAAGCAGCCAUGUGGGCUCUUCGUCGUGUAUCCCUUCCUCGCAGGAAGCAGGGAUUCAGCAUUGGGACUUCUCAGGCUUGUUGUGCUAAUUUGGAGAUACCACUUGCUUUCAUACAAGAAAAGCCUUGUUUCCUUGAGUCCCCUCAGUCGGUGUCUGGCGAAUAUCUACCCUCCAAGAGAUUCUACUACACAACAGAUAUUUUGUCAAAGCUCUCUGUAGAUAUACGCAGCCUUUCUUCACAUGCUGGUACAAAAAGCAGCGGAGAGGAUGAUGACCUGGAAGAUGGAUUUUCUGAACUUGAAACCCCACCUACUGCUGAGGCAAUUCAGGUCAGCAAUACAGACAAUGAAUCUGAAGAUGCAUUAGUCUCUGGACCAGAAGUUUCUGAUGAUGAAGAAGACAUUGGGCCUUCUCAAAAUGAGCUGGAGUUAUCAGAGUCAGAGAGUGAUCCACACGGGAAACGGUCACCACGGAGAAGGUUGGAUUCAGCACUUUUCAAAGCCAUCAUGGAAUUUCCGGGUUUGUCUGUCCAUUCUGCACUGGAUAAGUGGGUUGGAGAAGGAAAUGAUUUAAGCAGGGCAGAUAUCUCAUUGGCCAUGAUACACUUACGCCGUCGAAAGAUGUUUGGGAGGGCAUUGCAGGUCUCAGAGUGGUUGGAGGCACAUAAGCAGAUUGAAUUUACCGAAAAAGAUUAUGCAUCUCGCCUGGACUUGAUUGGCAAAGUACGUGGCCUCUGGAAGGCAGAGAAGUAUGUAGAGAUGAUCCCGCAAUCCUUUAGAGGUGAGUUGAUCUACCGAACCCUGUUGGCUAACUGUGUUGCUGCCAACAAUUUGAAGAAAGCCGAGGACAUUUUCAACAAAAUGAAGGAUCUAGAAUUCCCAAUUUCCCCAUUUACGUGCAACCAGUUGCUCCUUAUUUACAAGAAGCAUGACAAGAAAAAAAUAGCAGAUGUCUUGCUUUUGAUGGAGAAGGAAAAUGUGAAGCCGACUGCCUUCACUUAUAAGCUCUUAAUAUCUGCUAAAGGCGAAGCCAAUGACAUUGCCGGCAUGGAGCAAGUGUACAAGACUAUGAAGGCUGAAGGCAUUGAACCAGAAUAUACUGUUAAAGCUAUCAUGGCUAGGCAUUAUGCCUUUGGCGGACUGAAAGAAAAAGCUGAGGCUAUGUUGAAGGAGAUAGAAGGGGGUGAUUUAAAGGAGAACCUCUGGGCUUGCCGAGCUUUGCUUCCCCUGUAUGCAGAACUGGGUCAGGUUGAUGAAGUGAGGAGAGUUUGGAAUGCUUGUGCAUCAAAUCCUAGGGUUGAAGAAUGCAUGGCUGCAAUUGAAGCUUGGGGAAAGCUGAAUAACAUUGAAGAAGCAGAGGCAAUUUUUGAUAGGAUGGUGAAAACCUGGAAUAGACUUUCUUCCAAGCAGUAUGCAGUGCUUUUAAAGGUGUAUACGAACCAUAAUAUGAUUGCAAAGGGCAAAGAUCUUGUGAAGCGUAUGGCAGAUAACAAUUGUGAAAUUGGCCCAUUGACUUGGGAUGCACUUGUAAAACUCUAUGUGGGAACUGGAGAGGUUGAAAAGGCUGACUCUAUUUUGGCGAAGGCUGCUGAGAAGAGCCAGAAGAAGCCACUGUUUACUUCUUAUAUGGCUAUAAUGGAACAAUAUUCAAAGAGGGGUGAUGUUCAUAACUCAGAAAAAAUAUUGUAUAGGAUGAGACAGGUCGGUUACAUAGCUCGACUUCGUCAGUUCCAAUGUCUUGUCCAGGCCUACAUAAAUGCCAAUGCUCCAGCCUAUGGACUCUGGGAGAGAAUGAAGUCAGAUAAUAUAUUUCCCAACAAAGCUUUGAUUGGGCAGCUGACACGAGCCGAUCCAUUUAAGAAAACAGCAGCGUCUGAUUUGCUUGAUUGAGGAAUUGGCCGGUUCUUCUGUAGAUCGGUUAACCGAGUCUUCUGAUCUAUGAGCCACUAUCUAAAGCUUUUAUCUUUUUAGUCGAAACUAUCUUCAACUUCGUAGGUUCAACAUAUUGAGAUUUUGAUGUUUUCCAUGUAUUGCUAGUUCAGAAUUCACUUCCCCAUGCCGGAGUAUUUGUCUAUCGUAUCCCAAAAAUCGGGCACCGUGGGAUAUUGAUCUCGACUUUCAUGGACA